CCUCCAGAGACCUCCAGAGACCUCCAGAGACCUCCAUUUGUCCGACAACAUGAUUUUUAUCUUUUUGAUUGCGCUGCUUCAGCCGGCUCACCUGCAGGCUCCCCAGGACCCCCAGGUGGCCCCGGUUCCCCUGGUCCCCCCGGUCCCCGAGGACCCGUGCCCCGGGGGCCCCUGUACCCCCCAGCUGGGAGACCUGAUGCUGGGCCGAGCGUCUCGGCUGUCCGCCUCGUCCACCUGCGGCCUGGAGGCGCCGCAGGACUACUGCAUCCUGGGAUACCUGCAGGAGGACCAGAAGUGUUUCGUGUGUGACUCCCGGGUUCCGUUCAGCUACAGUCAGACCAACAGCCACCGCAUCGAGAACGUCAUCGCCACGUUCCACCCCGACUGGAAGACCAAGUGGUGGCAGUCCGAGAACGGAGUCCAUCAGGUCAGCAUCCAGCUGGACCUGGAGACCCUGUUCCAGUUCAGCCACCUGGUCCUGACGUUCAAGAGCUUCCGGCCCGCCGCCAUGCUGGUGGAGCGGUCCCGGGACUUCGGCCGGACCUGGAAGGUCUACCGGUACUUUGCGGAGGACUGCUCGGCCCACUUCCCGGCGGUGCCGUCGGACCCGGCCUCCAGCGUGGACGACGUGGUCUGUGACGGCCGGUACUCCGGGCCGGAACCGUCCACCGACGGAGAGGUGGUUCUGAAAGCUCUGGAUCCAGUGUUCCACAUAGAGGAUCCAUACUCACCAAACAUCCAGGACCUGAUCACGGUGACAAACCUGCGGGUGAACUUCACCCGUCUCUUCACGCUGGGAGACACCCUGCUGCGGCGGCGCCGGGACCCCCAGGACCCCCGGGACCCCCAAAACCCCCAAGACCCCCGGGACCCCCGAGACCCCCGAGACCCCCGGGACCCCCGGGACCCCCGGGACCCACGGGACAAGUACUACUACUCCCUGUACAGCAUGGUGGUUCGAGGAAGCUGCUUCUGCAACGGACACGCCAGCCUGUGUGGACCGGUGGACGGGGGACGGGGGGACGUCUUCCAGGAGCCCGGCAUGGUCCAGGGCCGGUGUGUGUGCCGGCACCACACGGCUGGAGAGAACUGCGAGCGCUGCGCGGACUUCCACCACGACUCCCCCUGGAGGCCCGGAGGGGAAGCGCACGGCGCGGACGUCUGCAGGAGGUGCGACUGCCACGGACACUCGGACUCGUGCCACUUCGACCCGGCCCGCUACCGGGCCACCGGCGGCGCCAGCGGCGGCGUCUGCGACGACUGCCGCCACGACCGGACCGGGCCGCAGUGCGAGCGCUGCCGGGACUUCCUGUACCGUGACCCGACGAGGGCGGAGCACGACCCGCAGGCCUGCAUUCCCUGCUCCUGCCCCCCUGCCGGGUCCCGGGCCGGCGGUCUCUGUGACCCCCGGACCGGCCGCUGCUCCUGUAAGCAGAACGUGGACGGAGAACGCUGCGACCGCUGCAGGACCGGGUUCUACGGUCUGAGGGAGGACGACCCGGACGGCUGCCGGGAGUGCUCCUGUCACCCACUGGGCAGUGUGGGUUCCUGUGAUCAGCUGACUGGAGCCUGUCAGUGUGAGCGCUGGGCCACCGGGGGGCGCUGCGACCGCUGUGUGGACGGGUUCUGGGGUUUGGGAUCCUCCGGGUCCAGAUGUUCUCCCUGUGACUGCGACACCGGCGGAGCCCGGGGAACCUCGUGUUCCCCGGACGGACAGUGUGACUGUUUACCCAACAUGAUUGGUCGUCGCUGCUCGGACCCCGCCCCCGGGUACUUCCUGCCCUCACUGGACUACUUCCUGUAUGAGGCGGAGCUUGCUGCACCGCUGCCGAGCAGAGGCCCCGCCCCCUCCACUCCUCCGCCAUCCUCCUCUUUGCUGAACCCGGGGGUGUUGCCUCAGUGUGAGCAGUACUUCAGGGACCAGGGUUACGACUUCCGGGUCUCUGAGGGCCGGGUGGUUCUGGUCCGGCGGACCCGGUCCGGUCCUCGCCGGCGCCGGCAGCAGCGGAGCGGGAUCCCCCUGGACCCGGGCCAGGCCCUGCAGCUCAUCCCCCGGGGUGCGGCGCCCGGCCAGACCGCCACCUGGACCGGCCUGGGACUGGUCCGAGUGCUGGAGGGGGCGGGGCUUCGCUUCGCCGUGGACAACCUGCCGUCGUCUCUGGAGUACCGGGUGCUGAUCCGGUACGAACCAGAGUCUCCGUCUGAUUGGCUGGCUUCGCUCAGCGUCGUCACCGUGUUGCCGGGCGACGGCGGCUGCGGCGGCCAAUCAGCAGGCAGCCAGACGGUGACGCUUCCUGGAAACUCCAGAGGAGCUGUUCUGGGUUCUCCGGUGUGUUUGGACGCAGGAGGCCAGUACUUCCUGGACGUGGUCUUCAGCAGGCGUCCCAGUUCUGACGGGUCUCACAUCCUGGUGGACUCUAUGGACCUGAUCCCCAGCGUGGAACCGUCGCAGGACUUCUGCUCGCCUCCUGACCCCGCCCCCAACCCCGCCCCUGACGCGUCCCGCCGCUCCCGCUGCGUCGGGUUGGCUGCGGACCUAGACCCUCAAGACCGGGACCGGGUCUGUGACGGACUCGUCAAGAGUGUCUCAGCACGAGUCCACAACGGAGCCACAGCCUGCAGGUGUAACGUGAUUGGCUCUCUCGGCCCCACCUGCAGUAAAGUGGGCGGAGCAUGUGAAUGCAAAGCCAACGUGAUUGGUCGAUGCUGUGACCGCUGCGCGCCGCUGACCUACGGCUUCGGAGCCGACGGCUGCCAACGCUGUGACUGCGACCCCCGUGGCUCCGCCUCCAAUCUCUGCCAUGAGGUCGGAGGUCAGUGUGCCUGCCGGCCAGAGGUGACGGGCCGGCGCUGCGACCGCUGCCAGAGAGGAUUGUGGGACUUCCCGCGGUGCCGGCCGUGCGAGUGUAACGGCCGGUCGGAGGAGUGCGACGGGCAGAGCGGGGAGUGCGCGCAGUGCCGGGAGCACACCACCGGAGGGCGCUGCGACAGGUGUGAGGACGGUUACCACGGCGACCCGAUGUCCGGACGGCCCUGUCAGCCCUGCCUGUGUCCCGAUGUCCAGAGCGGCGAGCGCUUCUUCGCCACUUCCUGUCGCUACGACGCUCAGUCUCUGAGCCUGAGCUGCGUCUGCAUGGAGGGCCACACAGGGCCGCGCUGCGACCGCUGCAGCCCUGGUUUCUAUGGCGACCUGAGCGUGCCCGGCGCCCGCUGCCAGGAGUGUUCCUGCAACAACAACAUCGACCCGGCGGACGGCGGCGCCUGCGACGGCGUCACGGGCCGCUGCCUGCACUGCCUGCACAACACCACCGGGCCGCGCUGCCAGCACUGCAGGCCCGGUUACUACGGCGACGCCGCCGACCAGGGCUGCAAGGAAUGCUCCUGUGACCGCAGAGGGACUCAGGUGACCCAGUGUCCUCUGGGAAGUCCCUGUUUCUGCGACCCGGGGACGGGCCGCUGUCCCUGCAGGACGGGGGCGGCGGGACACCUGUGCGCCGAGUGCGAGGACGGGUACUGGAACCUGGACGGGGUCUCGGGCUGCCAGCCCUGCGGCUGCGACCCCGCCAACUCCGUCUCCAACGUCUGCCACAAGGUGACGGGACAGUGUCCCUGUCGGCCCGAGUUCGGAGGACGGCAGUGUGACGAGUGUGGAGAGAACCACUUCGGGAACCCGGACCUGCAGUGUGUCUCCUGCGACUGUAAUCUGGACGGGACGGAGCGUCCGGCGUGCGACGCUGAGACCGGCGAGUGUCGGUGCCGCCGCGGCGUCGCCGGGAUCUUCUGCGACGAGUGCGCGCCCGGGUUCGACUCCGCCUUCCCGGCGUGCGCGGCGUGCCACCCCUGCACCGCCCUGUGGGCGGAGAGCGUCACCGACGUCCGGUGGGCGGCGCGGCGGAUGCGGGACCUCGUCCCUCGCCGCGGCGACGAGCCGCCGCCCGCCCGGCGUCGCCAACGGCAACGGAUCCAGGACAUCCGGGAGUCGCUGGACAGCCUGGCCAACCUGACCGCGGAGUCCCGGCCCCGGGUGGAGCGGCUGGAGGAGCUCCACCUGAGGAUCAGGACGGUGAAAGACUCCGUCGACCCCAACGUGAUCCGGAUCGAUCCGUCUCGGCUCCUCAACACCGAGAUGGACAACAUCCAGCUGGAGGCCGGGACGCUGCUGGACAGGCUGAGGACCGCCGUCCCUCCAGAGACAAACCCCGGACCCACGGAACCACCGCAAGAGCUGCUCCAGGAGAUCCAGGAUCUUCACGGGUCCUUCAUGCGGGACGAGAAGCGGCUGAGAGACGCGGGCCGGGCCCUGGAGGACUCCAUGGACACCCGGCAGGACCUGAGACACAAACUGGGUCUGAACGGAACCACCAGAGACCUGGAGCCCCUGGAGAGCAAGGUCCACCGGCUCAGCGUGGGACACCUCAACCGGCAGGUCUGUGGGGAACCUGGUCUAGAGGACUGCUCUGGGUGCGGGGGCGCUCUCUGUGGACCAGGACGGAGGAAGUGUGGCGGUCCAGCCUGUGACGGAGCACUUCCUGUCAGCCAGGACGCUUCAGAGACCGCCGAGAGGACCAGGGACCGGAUCGCCCAAGUCCAGUCCAGACUGCAGGAGUCUCAGACCAAGGUCUCGGAGGCCCAGCAGGCGGCCCAGGACACCAACUACCGGGCCCAAGUCCUCCAGGACCGGAUCCACCUCCACAACCACACCAUGGAGGGAGAGAAGAAGAAAACCAGGGAGCUGGUCCAGAGAGUCCGGGUCUUCCUCACAGAUGACCUGGUUCCUCCAGACCACAUCGAGCGGAUCUCCAGAGCGGUUCUCAGCAUCCCGCUCCCAGGAUCGGUGGAUCAGGUCCAGACUGUGAUCCGGCUCAUCGAGGACCUGCUGCAGAACUCCACCGGGUCCCGGCCGGACCCCCGGACCCCGGAGGACCGGACCCGGGCCGUGCCAGACCUGCUGGAGGAGGCGGGGCGAGUCCGGAAACGAGCGGAGAACCUCAACGUCCACAACAUCCUGCAGGACGUCUACCGGGCCGAGACCGUCCAGGAGGACGCCAACAACCAGCUGGACCGCGCCAGCAGGGACCGGGACCGGACCCGGGUCCUGGUCCAGCAGACCGAAGACCGGCUGGAGGACCUGGAGUCGCGGCUGCAGAACCGCAGGAACCUGCUGGACGAGACGGAACGUCUGAAGACCCGAGCGGGACAGAACGCCGAGACAGCGAGGGACGCCAGAGACACCGCCGAGGACGCGCUAGCUAACGCCGUGGACACACAGGCGACGCUGAAUGUUGUGAUGAAGCAGUUUGACGAUUUGAAGCAGAAACGACAGAAACAGAAAGAAGAAGACGAAGCUGGAGAACGAGUGAAGAAUAUCGUGGACGAGGCUGAGGACAUGAGGAGGACGGUGGAGGACAAACUGAGCCAGCUCGGAGAUCUGGAGACCCGGUUCCGGGAUCUGGAUCAGAGGAAGCAGCAGAAAGCGGCUCAGGUCUCCGAGUUGCUGAAGGUCGUCGCUUCUCUCCGUCAGGAAAUCUCCAGCCGAGCCGAAGGGUUCGCCGUCUGCACCUCCUGAGACGGACAGGACUCAGGACUCAGGACUCAGGACUCAGGACUCAGGACUCAGGACUCAGGACUCUAGUACUCCAGUACUGUAGUAUUCAGUACUGAGUACGCCAAUACUCUAGUAGUCUGAUACUCUUGUAGUCAGUACUCACUACUCUGGUACUCCGGUACUCUGGGAGUUUGAUACCCUAGUAGUCUGGUACUCUAGUAGUCUAGUACUCUAGUAGUCAGUACUGCAGUACUCUAGUAGUCUGGUACUCUGGUAGUCUAGUGCUCUAGUAGUCCAGUACUCUAGUAGUCAGUACUCAGUCCUCUCGUACUCUUGUAUUCAGUAGUCAGCAGUCAAUACUUCAGUACUCUAGUACUCAGUACUCAAUGCUUGGGCACUCUAGUAGUCAGUACUCAAUGAUCCAGCGCUCAGUACUCGAUACUAUACUACUCUUAUACUCCAGGAUUCAGUGCUGCAGUACCCCAGUACUCCAGUACUCAGUAGUAGUUACUCUGUAAUCUGAUGACUGUUUAAGAUGUGAUAAAAAGUUCCUGCUGCUGUGAAAAAACUGAAGC